UUCCUAAAACUCCUAGAGAGCUUAAUCUGUCGUAAGAAUGAUGAAAUAAUGAACCUCUACAAAAAGAUCAACGACCUUGAAGCCACCACAAAGGAACUAUCCAAGAUUCGAGAACAUGAACAAAAAGAAUUCAAACAAAAAUUGAACGAAUUCGACGCUGAAAGGGCCAAAUUUGGAACUGAGAAGCAAUCUAAAGUCCUAGAACUCAGGAAAGAAGUUGACAAAUCAAAUAAGGUCCUGACAAGCCAGAUCGAUGAUUUGGUCAGAGAAAAUGAGAGGAUAAGGGCUGAGCUCAAUGACCAGAAAUCUAAAAUUUUGGAGCUGAGGUCAGCAGAGGGAGAAGAUAUGGGUGCUCAAAAGAAUGACAAUCCUUCAGGGAAGCUUCAAGGUGUUGAUGAUUUUAUUAAUGACUCGAAGCAAGUUAAAUCCUCACUUUAUAAUGAGUUCAAAAUAGGGAAUAAGAAUUCAGUUAGGAGUGUUCUUAAAAGUGGUACAAUUUCAUUCCAUCCAAAUAUGCAAUGUUCUUCCCCAACUCCAAGAUUAGAGGAUCAUGGAAACAACUACUCUCACACCCUUUCUCUUGAACAUAAGUACAAAAGUCAUAUUUCAUCCCCAAAGAUUCAAAACUUAUUCUUUGAGCCGCAGAAUAGCUCUGCUACUAUUGGAAAAGAUCAGAACGUCAAAGAUAUCAGAAUGAGUAGGAACUUUUUAGCUAAGCAUUGUAAUUCAGAAUGAAAUGCUCUUAACGAAAGUAAAGCUAUCUACAUUCCAAAGAACAAUCAAGAUUUGAUUAAUACAAUGCUUGAAAACAACGAUAUGGCGCCUGUCAAACAAAGUAGUGAAAGAAACCCACAUAGAUAUUCAAAGAAAAGCCUUAAUUCUAAGAUCAAAGACAAGGUGAAGAAGAAAGGAUAUUUGAAUAUUUCUAGGAGAAAAAGUACUCAAAAACUAAAUCAUAAAGAUCUGAAAAAUCAGCUUAAAGAGAGCACCUCGAAGAAGCCGACGGUGAACUCAACUGUCAAUACGGUGAUUUUUAAUAAUUAUAAGAAGGAGAAGAAUCCCAAGAAGACAUUGAAUCACAAGAUUUCUGCUAUAUCCCUGAGGAGGUCAACACUGGCUCUGAAUAACAACUGGACAGCUGAACCCCCAAAUGUUCCAUCAGCUAAACGGCCUGAGAUCUUGAAUGAUAUGAGAAAAGUAAAGAAGAGCAAUAAAAAGAGUUCGAGGUUGAACUCUACACUUAAAAAAUCCUCCAAGAACCAAAACAGAACUUCAGAACUCAGCUCUGAAGUAGUUCAUCCUUCAGGUUCUAAAGUAGUUAAACAGAAUUAUAACCUAAGCUCAUUCGAUAGCCAACUGGCUGGAAGCAGGAAGCCAAAGUCGUUCCUGAUGAGUAACUUGGAAAGCAUGGGGCUUCAAGAGCUGAAGAGGCAAGUUUCACCUGAAUCUACUAUUAAAUUCUUUGAGCCAUAAGACAAGUUCAGCCAAUAA